AAAAGCCUGAACAUCACAGUUCUUCCUUAUAAUCAGAGAUGACUAUUUGGACAGGGAGCUGUUGAUUUUAGUUGCUGCCUCUGUGUGGCUGUGGCAUACCAGGCUCCAGCAGCCAGGACUUUAAGAAAAGUGAUAACAUUGACCUAAAGCUGUGUCUCCCAGAAAAUGGCAAAAUUUGAAGACUGAUGAUACUUCCUCACAUUUCUCUGGACAGGAUUUCAGUAAGGGGAACAGGCCCCUGUUAAUGGACCAGAAAGCACUGAGGGUCCUUCUAGCGGGCGCAUGGGCGGCCCUGCUGUCCCUGCAGGGUGUAUGUAGUUUUGCACCAGAUGAUCCUCCCAACUUUCUCACUGAUGGAGUGAUGCAGGGCCUGCCCGAAGAUGCCGCUCAGGAGCAGGGUUACUACCUGCAGCAGCUUUUUGGGCAGUAUGGGGAGAACGGCACCCUGUCCUUUGAGGGCCUGACACGCCUGCUGCUUAGCCUGGGACUAGGGAAAGUUCAGGUGGUUGAAAUUGAGCACGAGGCACUGGGCCACGGCCACGUCUCCCAUCUGGACAUCUUGGAGGUUCAAGAAAACAAGCACUUGCACUUCCACUCAGCACUGGAGCACCUCCAUACGACUGAACAUAGAAGCAAGGUUCAAGCAGAGGGUGUUACCACAAGGAAUGGACUCUCUCAGAUCGACUACGUUACUCCAACAGCACCAGUACCUCCUGCACUCCCAAGUAUCGACCAUGUCACCAUAUCGAGCUCCUGGCAAACAACAGAGCAUGCUGGGAAGGGCGAAGCCCCUUUCAACUCUCCCCAUGGACAUCCUGGCCUAAAUCUUUUGGAGAGGGUCAUUGCCCUGGAUCACUCUGUCUACAACCACCUGCAUGAGGAUUGCCUUAAUGUAUCACAGUUGCUGGUGAAUUUUGGCUUGAAUCCCAUCUCCAAGAUCACUCCAGAGCAGUUCACUCUGCUGUGUCCAGCUUUGCUCUACCAGAUUGAUAGCCGGGUUUGCAUCCAACACUAUGAUGAGGUGGCGUCUUCUGGCUUGAUGGGAAACUCUCUCUGGCCUGGCCUAGGCUGGGGAUUCGCAGCCAUCACCUUGACCAGCUUGCCUUCAGCACUAGCUAUCGUCCUCGUCCCUCUUCUCAGUGGUGAAGUCUUUCGAUUCCUUCUCAGUUUUCUUGUGGCGCUGGCUGUGGGGACACUGUGUGGAGACGCUCUGUUGCAUCUCUGGCCACACGCACAAGUAACAUCCCAUGGUCUGCUGCCUUUGAACCAAGAGCCUUUAGCAGAUGAUGCAGUACUGAAGGGUCUGUGUGUGCUGGCAGGCAUUUACCUCCUGUUCCUCAUUGAGAAUCUCAUGGGAACACUGAAGAAAAUUCACAGAACGCAGGGCCCCACUAGAAACCCGUCUGACCGAUCUGCCAAGACAGAGGACAGUGGUCAUGUGGGAGUCAGAGCCACACCUCAAGGUGCUGAAUCUGAGAGCCUGACAGUGCCUGAAGGAGAAACAGGGACUCUCUUCAGCGAAGUCCAGGACUGUGCUGUCCAAAUCCGCAACUCAGAAGAGUAUGGGGCAAACUUGGAGAGGCAGGCAGCAGAACUACAUCACCAUGGCCAUUCCCACAGCCCAGCUGGUAGCCUCAAUGCCGGCAUUGCAGACAUAGCAUGGAUGGUUAUUCUAGGAGAUGGGAUACACAAUUUCACAGAUGGGUUGGCCAUUGGGGCUGCCUUCUCUGAUGGAAUCUCUAGUGGUUUAAGUACCACAGUGGCUGUAUUUUGCCAUGAAUUGCCACAUGAACUGGGAGAUUGUGCUGUCUUGCUUCAGGCAGGCAUUCCUCUCCGGCGAGUGCUGCUUUUCAACCUGCUCUCUGCUUUUCUGGCCUACUGUGGUACGGUAGUGGGGACAAUUGUCAGCAAAAGUACUUCAGAAGUCACCUCAUGGAUCUUUGCUAUCACAGCUGGCAUUUUCCUGUAUGUGGCCCUGGUGGACAUGCUGCCUGAGAUGCUGCAGAGACGCUCUACCAGGUGUAAAAUAGGCUCCUUCACACACUUUGUCCUCCAGAACUUGGGCUUCCUUCUGGGUGGAGCCCUCAUGCUUUGCAUUGCCAUCUUCGAGGGCCAAAUCAGUUUCCACGUCGACUGGUAGCACUUUCUCAGCAUGCAACCAUAAGGAAGAACAUCGUGGACCAGUUAUGACCAUCCCCUUCCCUUAGCAUUCUGAGCGGUGUUGGAAUUGACUGUAUUCUCACAAGAGAAUGCCCAUCUGAGGAAAAACUUUAAGAGGAAGAUCGGUAGCACCAAUAGUACACCAUUCUAUCUACUUGCCUUCAUGUUCCUGCAUUGGUGUCCUAUCCAGUACCUUUCCCACAAAAGGAAAGAAUUUGCUACCAUCCAUAAAUGAAUAUGACAAAACAGCAACAAACUGAGGCAUAAAUUGUGUGCCUUUCACAGUGCAAUGCGAGGGGGGGGGAAGAUGGGGAUGUUAAGAGCAGGUAUCUUAUGGAACAGCUCAAUUUGGAUAUAAAUUGUAGACUCCCAUUGCACUUUAACCGAAAGGCUUUCAACAUAAGCUACCUUGACAUUGGGGGUGGGGGGAGAGAAUGUGAACAAUGUUCCUACAGCAUGGCUGUGUUUACAAGCUAUCCAUAUCAUGAAUGCAGCUUUGAAAUUCAUUCACAUUCAACUAAGUGUACUAAUAAAGAGGAAUGAGGUUUUAAAACA